UUCACAAUAAUUGUUAUUUGUCCAGUGUCAACAUGGAGCGCUAAAAAUUGAAUUCAUCACAACAAAUCGAUCAAUAAUAUUUCUUGUGGCAUUUGGUGAUAAACAUGUGAUUUGAGAACAGAGUCAUUUUAAUGAUUAUGAAGAUUAACAAGUAAUUUACUAUCCUUAUUCCUUAAUAAACUCGUGCAUAAUAUUAUGUAUAAAAUAUAUUAAUACGGGAACUGUAAAGUGGACAGCAAAAUGUUUAACAAGGCUCCGUUUAACAAAGUGAAAUUCCAAGAUCAACAAUUAGAUGAUUAUUUAUUAGAGAAUUCCGUGUUAAAAAGUAAGUUGCAGAGUAAAAUCGAUGCGCUCUCUAUUAUGAAUAAAGAGUUGGAUAAAUGCAGCAUGGAGAGGGACCGAUAUAAGAUUCUUGUGGAACAGUUGAAAUAUAAAGAAAGUGUUUCUAUAAAAAGGCAGGACAGCAACAAUGGAAUAUAUAAGUUUACACCCACUAACACUAUAAGCGGUGGAGACAUGCUCGCCAAGACAAGAGAUCAAAAUAAUAUGUUGAAGUUAGAGGUGGAAAUGCUACGAAACAAGUUAGAGGAAGCUACUGGGGAUAUAACAGCAUUGAGAAAGCAACUACACAAAAAGGAAUAUAUUGAUGAUUUUAAUGGUAGCAAAAAGUCUUCAAACAUGUUUACAUGUUCUAAUAAAGAUUAUGAGCAAUUAGUUCAAGACCUAGAGAAAAUUAAAAAGAAGUAUCAGCAAAUCCAACUGGAUUACAGAGCAACACUAGAUGAGAAAGAAGAACUAGUUUCAGAUAGGGACUACUAUAAAAAUAAAGUACAACGUCUUAACCAUCAAAUCAGUUACAUAUUAACAAACAGAGGUCGCAUGAUACAAUCAGAUGGUGAUGUGGAUCCUCCAAAACCCAUAAUCGAUAUUGAUGCGUUAACCACUGAAAACAAAUAUCUUCAUGAAAGAAUAACACAACUACAAGUUGAAAAAGAAAUUUUAAAACAAACCCUCAAUAAGUAUAAGAGCUUACUUCAUAAUAGAAACAAAAGUUACUCUUGGCAUCUAAAGAAGGGAAUCAGCGAUAUAAUGACACAAAAACAAGUGAAAGAAUAUCUGGAAAAUCAUGCAAAAGGAGGCACAAAACAGAACUCUGCAAGUGAAAUGAAAGCUUUAUGUCUUGGACUGUUUGAAGCUUUGAAUGAUAAAUCAAUUGCUUUGCAACAUCAAAGAAAAACAAAUCAAAUCCUAGCAAAUAGAAUAACAGAGCUAGAAAAAACACUGGACAGUUGGGGAAAUGACCAUAAGCACAUACAAAUAUUUCCGUCGCAAAUCCUCCAUGAAUUUAUUCUCGAUUCGGGAUCAGUUAAAUCAGAGGAUGCGAAAGAUAAGAGCUCAAACGAGUCGCCGGAUACUACAGAUAAUAAAUGCAAAUAUUCCGACAGCGAGGACGAAAACAAAGAUAACAGCGGGUCAUCAGAUCCCGAGAGUUGUUAUGGUAAUCCAGGCAACAGUGAAAACCGAACUAUGGGUAAAACAAUCCUGCCUGUAGAGUUAGAAGAAUUGGUUAAAGAGGCUUUAGCUGAGUUAAAGCCAGUUGAAUAAUAUGUUUUUCUAGCCAAAUAUCACUCUAAAGCGUUACAGAUCGAUUAUUGUUAGCUAUAAUCGGAUACAUUUAUUGCUGUUAAAGUUACCUUGCCGAAUGUGACGAAUUUAUGACAGAUAUUCAAAACACUAUUAUUUCUAGCAGUAAUUGCUAAAUUUUAUUAGGCUUUAUUAGAUCGUUAUAUUACUAUGAUGCAUAUUUUCCCCAGAAAUUUAACAAAAAGGCUUCAAACCAAAUUUCAUGGAGACAUCCAUAUUAUAAAAUAUAUUUGUUUGUUAAUUAAUGUAAGGUUUCUAACUUUGUGAUAAUUAAACCAAAGUUUAUAUUGUUGUGUUAGUUGUAUGAGCUUUUAUAAUAUUAAUUAGCUUGUUAUUAUUGUUUUAGAAAGCCACUUCAUGUAUUGAAAAUAAUGUGUAUUGUGCAAUUUAUUACUGACUUUUAAUUAUAUAAAUGAAACCAACAAUAUAAUUACAAAAAAUAAUUUAUUAAAUGUAAUUAUUAGCCUGUAUUGGAAAAUGUAACAAUAGUAACAUUUAUAAGCUUCUCACAGGAUUACCACAGUAAUCAUUAUUAUCCACUCAUUAUACAUAUUUACUACUAAUAAGUAAUUCUCUUUGUAUUCGGUUUUAUAUAAGUAGAAAUUAAAUGACUUCUUAUAAUUUAGAUUUACAUACAUUAUACAUACAUUCAGUCUUCUACAUAUUAUUAAAAAUAUACAUAAUAGUAACAUAUCAAGGAAAUAUUCACUGUUCCAAACGACCAAAUGAUUCAUCUCUACUCUAACACAAAAAAGCUUUAUGAUAUGUAAUGCAGAACGCAACGACCUUUAGGCUUAGCAUAUCUACAUUAAAAUUACAUUUCACAUUUUUAUUUAAUUAAUACAUUUACAAUUUAUCAUUAUAUAUUAUAUUUGUAUAUAUUUAAAAACAAAAAUCGCACUAAUCAAUUCGAGGAGAAGGGGUUUAUGGAAGCUUCCACUUUGUCUUUUAAUCAUUUUGUUCACAUUGCAGUGUCGCGACCUCUGGACAUGAUUUCUUCCACUACCAGUUGAUUUAGUAUUUUAUUGGAAUAAGGUAUUUUCUAUUUAAAGAAUGAUUAUAAUCAUUGACUCACAAACAAUGCACAAAAGAAACUAAUGUUUGUAAAAGCAAAUAAAUAACAAUUUUACACAAAGGAUCCUUACUAACAUAGAUGAACACAUUUUUUUUUAUAAUGUCUUCAUGAUUAUGAAGAUGUUGAAAAUUCCAUAAGGCAUACUCCUAUAAUACAUGGUUUUAAAUAAGUUUUGUAUAGCCGAAAAAUAGAAUUGUAACGUAAGAAUGUGAACAUGUGAUGAAAAAGAUAUUCAAAUACUACUUCUACGUCAUAUAAUAUGAUUUUUGGACCAUUUGUUGAACUUUUGUAAUGGACCAUAAAAUACGCUUGUAAUAGACAUAAUAGUAAUAAUGUGAAUAAAAUUCAUAAUAAAAUAGACAUAAAUAAUA